AUGGCGGAUACUCAGAUCGCGAAGCCCAAGAUUACACUUCACUGGUUGGACCAGUCGAGGUCGCAGAGGGUUGUAUGGCUUCUCAACGAAUGCAAGGGCAUCGACUACAAGAUUGAUGUCUACAAACGAGUCAACAUGCUUGCUCCACCCGAGUUGAAGAAGGUCCAUCCACUUGGAAAGUCUCCAGUCAUCUCUGUCGAGGCCCCUGCCUUGAAGGAGCCUCUUGUGAUCGCGGAGUCCGGCACUCUGACAGAGUACCUCAGCGAACACUUCGCUCAGCAUCUAAUUCCAAAACGAUACCAGGAGGGAAAGGAAGGCGUGGUUGGCGGCGAGACGGAGGAGUGGCUUCGCUACCGCUUUUACAUGCAUUAUGCCGAGGGCUCGCUCAUGACUCUCCUCUUGAUCGGUCUGUUCAUUGAUCAAAUCCGCAAUGCCCCUGUGCCAUUCUUCAUCAAGCCCAUCACGAAAACGAUUGCUGGACGCGUUGAUUCGAUGUUUUUGAACGAAAAUUACGCCACGCACUUCGCCUUCCUCAACAGCCAAAUUGCAUCGUCUCCAGGUGGAGGCAAGUUUCUCUGCGGAAAGGACCUCACCGCAGCUGACAUUCUCAUGUCGUUCCCUCUGAUCCGCGGGCAGGAGAAGAUCCCAGCUGGAAAGAACCCUGAGUUGAGGGCUUACAUCAAGAUGCUAGAGCAGCAUGAAGGGUAUCUCGCAUCGAUCAAGAAGAUCGAGGAGGUGACUGGUGAGAAGUAUCAGUCCAACCUGUGA